AUGUCUCGUGUGUACGUCGGAAAUUUGAGCCCUCGAGUUUCCGAGGCAGAUCUCGAAGAUGAGUUUCGCGUUUUCGGAGUUAUAAGAAGUGUAUGGGUGGCUCGGAGACCACCAGGCUAUGCUUUUGUUGACUUUGAUGACAGUAGAGACGCAGAGGAUGCAAUCCGUGAAAUAGAUGGUAAGAACGGAUGGAGAGUUGAGCUUUCACACAACUCUAGAGGAGGAGGUGGUGGUGGUCGUGGAGGGGGUCGUGGCCGUUCUGGCGGUUCUGAUUUGAAGUGCUAUGAGUGUGGUGAGCCUGGUCAUUUUGCUCGUGAAUGUCGUCUGCGGGGUGGUUCUGGAAGACGUCGUAGCCGCAGUCCCCCUCGAUACCGUAGAAGCCCUAGUUAUGGUCGCAGGAGCUACAGUCCUCGUGGGCGGUCCCCUAGACGUCGCAGUUUGACACCACGUGGGAACAGCCGUAGCAGGUCCCCACCAUACCGUGGACGGGAGGAGUUGCCGUAUGCCAAUGGUAAUGGUCUGAAGGAUCGUCGCCGAAGCAGGAGUUGA